AUGGCCAACUGGAGUCCAAGUUCGUGGACCACCAAGCCCAUCAAGCAGGAUGUGAUCUACGAAGAUGUGCAGGGCGUAAAAGACGCUCUAGGCCAGCUGCAAAAUCUGCCUCCACUAGUGACGGUGCGAGAGAUCAAUAACCUCAAGAACAACUUGAAAAAUGUGGCCUUGGGCAAGGCUUUUGUCCUACAAGGCGGUGACUGCGCGGAGCUAUUCGAUUACUGUAAUCAAGGCAUGAUUGAGGCUAAGCUCAAGCUCUUGCUGCAGAUGAGUUUGAUCCUAAUUUGGGGUGCCAACAAGCCCGUUAUUCGUAUCGCACGUAUUGCUGGACAGUUUGCCAAGCCACGGUCCAGCCCGACUGAGGUCGUCAAUGGAGUCGAGAUGCCCUCAUUCCGGGGCGACAAUAUCAAUGGCUUCGCCGCCACUGCCGAAUCCAGAAAGCCAGACCCAUCACGUCUGGUAUCUGCUUACUUCCACUCAGCCGCAACACUCAACUACAUGCGCGCCUCUCUCUCCUCGGGUCUCGCAGAUCUGCACUCCCCCAUGGACUGGGGCCUGGGCCAUGUCAUUGAACCCUCAAUCAAGGAUCAGUAUUCGAAGAUCGUCAACUCUGUCCAAGAUGCCCUGCGAUUCAUGCGCACGGUAGGAAUCGACAAAGAUCGCGGCGUUGAGACCGCUGAUAUCUACACUAGUCACGAGGGUCUCUCGCUAGAGUACGAGUCAACUCUGACCCAGCAGCUGAAGCAGCCCAUUCAUCCUAGCUCUGGUACGACAGCCUCUGCGCCCAGCUGGUAUGCUACAUCCGCACAUUUCCUCUGGAUUGGAGACCGUACGCGGCAACUUGACGGUGCCCACGUUGAAUUUUUCCGGGGCAUUUCCAACCCAAUCGGUAUCAAGAUCGGUCCUACCAUGGCUGCAGAGGAGCUCGUGCGCUUGUUGGAUGUCGUGAACCCAACUAAGGAAAUCGGCAAGGUCACUUUGAUCUCACGCUACGGCGCGUCAAAGAUUGCCCAGUUCCUACCCGGUCAUAUUGCGGCCGUGCAGAGCUCGGGUCAUAUCCCCGUUUGGCAGUGCGACCCCAUGCACGGCAACGGCCGAGCCACCCCCUCAGGUGUGAAGACACGCCACUUCACCGAUAUUCUCUCGGAGCUCAAGCAGGCGCUGGAGAUCCACCGCCAAGCUGGAUCAUUCCUGGGUGGUAUGCAUCUCGAGUUGACUGGUGAAGCUGUGACGGAGUGUGUCGGUGGUGCAGCUGGUCUAACUGAAGAUGGUCUCGGGGAGCGGUAUACCACUUUCUGUGACCCCAGACUCAAUGAGAAGCAAGCCCUUGAGCUUGCUUUCCUCGUGGCUGGAUUCUACCGCGAGGAAUCCAAGGCAUGA